AUGGAUGGACUAUUGUGGCUGAUUGUGUCGUGGCUUGUUGUUGGUGCAAUGUGCUAUUUGAUGCUUAGCAAAUUAGGCGCGCCACAAGCGGAGGUUGCCUCCAGUGUUCAUCCUACUACAGCACCAAGCACUGCUACAAGCAGUGGUGCAUGGAGUACGGAUCAACAGUCAACAACUGACUGGCUGAACGGCAUCAUUACUUGGCUGUUCGAGAAUAUGCACCGCGCACCGGAUACACUGCAGGCCUGGAUUGCAGCCAUGAAUGAAGCAGCGAAGAAAAUUUCCUCACCGGUCAGUAUCCACUGA